AUUAAAAGGCUAUUUUCAAGCGCGCGUGGGAGUGUUUUAUCAUAUUUAAAAUGCUCGUACUGCGCACUCGCAUUUUAAAUAUGAUAAAACACGACUACAAGGGCUUUAAACGACUUUUAAAAACACGACUACAAUCGAUGCAGUUUCAUUAGUACUCUUUAUAAAAAGAAUAGUACUUUAUGUGAAGAAUACUAAUGAAACCAUGAAUUAUUGAGUGUUUUAUGUACUAGUUAAAAUAUGAGCAUCUGACCUUUAUGAAUUAUGGGGGAUAAUCUCAUGCUUCAUUAUAGCAUGUAUUUAAAAUCUGAAUUAGUAUUGAGAACUUUCAUAAACAUCUCUGUCCCUGGAUUAGUAUUCACAACUUUCAUAUACAUGCCUGUUUGGGUUAGCACCUCUCUUUAACAGUUCUUCCACACAGUCGUCCUGGCCAUGUUUUGCUGCUAAAUGAAGCGCUGUUAAAUACUUCUCAUCACGUUUCUCCACAUCAGCUGAUGAUCCAUCGAGCACCAUUUUACGUAGAUUGCCAAUUUCAACUCUUUUCGCUCUAGAAAAACACUUUUGAAAAAACGCCAACGGCAUGGUGGACGUGUAAUUUUCGUUCACAAACUAGCUAAGACAUUUGAAAACUUGAACUUUCAGUAACAAUUGAUACGUCAUAUAAUUAUCUCGACAUUUGAAGCGCGCGCUAGCCUUAAUCUGCAUGUAAACGUUCUAGUCAUAGAAAGGAACGCUCCUCUUGUUAGAACGCUUGGUUGCCGCAGAGGGGUUGCGUGGGGCCAGGGGCAAAAACUUUCCAAGGGAGAAGCGGUGUUUUACAAUAUAUUAUACUUUAUUACAUAUAAUCGGACACUAGCGCAGCUAUAGGAUUUAUAUUCUCAGUUAAGCAAUCUUGAAUCAAAAAAUUUUAAGGACCUUCGUUGCCCCUUUUGAGCUGGGGGCCCGGGGGCAAAAUGCCCCUCCCCCCGCCCUCUCUCGACGGCCCUGUAUCACUGUCUUAAUUUGAUGACUUCGCGUGGUGUGUGAUUUACUGAAUUCUGUUAUGACAUAAUAGGAACUGUGGUAUAUGGGUACGGCUUCUGUAUACUAUCGACAGACCACUGGCAUGUAUUGUAUAUUAAAAAUGCACUAUUUGUUCUUAACGUCUUUGAAUUGCAAGGCACGGGACAGACUGAACGUGCGGACAAAUGUGAAACGAUGAAUUUGAGCCAAUAACGCAGAACCAGCUAGGUAAGAACGAUAAGAACCGUUUUCUGGUUGUUUAGGGAGAUAGGGUGUGGUCAUGUUAAUAUUGAUCAUGCAGUACUGACCUCUAUAAUGGCGGAAUCUGCCAAAAUUUCACCAUCUUGGCCGGCACUUUUAUUGGCUGAGCAAACAGUGGCAAAUUGAUUUUUUUUUUGUAAAUCGUACCCAAAAACAAAACAUGAAGAACAAGAUAACAGCUUAUAUAAUUGUAUUUAAGUUAACAAUAUAUUAAACACGCUCUCUUUUAAAGUUUACUAUAACUUGUUACAGAUCAAUCUAGAAAUAUACUUGAGCACAAAUAAAUUAGCUAUAUUAACAUCUUAUACGUCCAACUAAGGUUGUCCUCUAAAGAUUCAAAACUCGAAAUCAAAAUAAGCGCGAACAGCACAAGACUUCAAGCUAGAGCAAUUAUAAUCAAAAGACUAUACAAGUACAAUGAGCUGUUCACACUUUGAGGUCAAGGUUUUGUGGUUGUACGUUUUGUCACCAGAAAACAACUUUUGAUUGAUGGCUGUAUAUGUAGAGACGCACUUUCAUGGUAUACUGUAGGUUCGCAAAGAAUUAUAGUUAAAACGAAUUGCACAGGUUAACGGCAGGGGUUAAUGAAAUUCAAUGAAACCAAUAUUUGUAUUUGGAUCUAUACAUGUUUAACUUGCGUGUUACUGCUCAAAACAGACAGCAUCCUCGUGUUUGUUUUAUUGGUAUUUCUCAUGGGAACUACAGCGUAAGUCGGAAACGGUCUGAUGUCACGACGAAAAGUGGGCGUCUUUAUGUAAAGAAUCGUCAAAAUACAGUGUACAAUGAAACAAUAAAGCUCUACUAACACGGCCACACAACUGCAUCAACUUAACUGACUAUACAUAACCUGGUUGCCACUCAAUGCACAAUUCCCGUAUUGUUUAUAUAGUUGUCUUUUGGGAUGAUUAGAAAAAAGUCUAUGUUUAACUGUCACACUUGUACAUAACCAACCGUUAAACGUCUUUCUUUCCGUUUAGGCCGCUUUGAUGGCAUGCAUGUAUUCUGAAAUGCGCAAACAACAAAUAAAACAAAAGAAGUGAAUUGGGUGGCAACCAGCUUGUGUGCGGUGGAUUUCCAUUUCAUCCAUGGUGUUUUUCGUACGUGGUGUUUUAUCGUUUACAUCGGUAUUAGUGACGUUUUAUAGUAUCUGCGUAUUAUGAAACGACUGGAAUGAUCCCUUUGAGCCCGAUUUACACAACGAAAACUAACCUGGGUUUGCGCCGGGUCAACUCAAACGAGUUUUUUGAAGUGUAUAAAUGUGUAUAAUCCAGAUUCGACUCGGGUAAGUUCGAACUGUAGUAGGGUUCAAACUAACUUAGAUCGAAUUCGGGGCAUUCAAACCUGGAUUAGAUUUAAGCCGAGGCGAGCCCGGGAUAGUUUCCGGGGUUUAAAUCGGGCUUUAGGUAAAUAUAUGGUUGGCCGUGUGACCAACUUGCAGUAUUAAAUUCCUGCCAUAAUAUGCGAAAAAAUGUACAUGAUAAAUAAAAUAAACAAAAAUGUUUCUGACUAGGAAGUUAGUUUCAAAGACGUUUGUCACCUUAACCGGUUUUAUAUACCGUGGUAGAAUACGUUGCAAUGGCCAAAGCUCAAUUUUCAGGCUCAUCAUGGGCAUCUCCAUUCACUAGAGCGGAUCCUUCUGUUAUAAAGAAACAUUAAGUUAUAGUUCAGAAUUGUUCUCGUAUAUUCAUGCAUGCAAUCCACAGGGGUUGGAAGCUUAAAGCCGCGUGCAGGGAUCUUGAAGGGUAGGUGAAAGAUCUUUCAUAUUUUAUUAAAUGACAAAAAUAUAUAUAAUUGUCUAUUUCCAGGGAUAACAAAAUGAACGACAUGAAAUAAACGAAUGUCAUAUUUUCUGGGAAGCAGAUAUGGACGUACUUAUAGUCAUCGUGCACAAGAGUUGUUCCCAGGCUGAUAGUUCUUCGAAAUUUAGGGCGUUUUCCACAAGACGUAACAGAAUUAAUGGUAAAUCUGACAUCAAAUUUGCUAAUAUGGUAAAAUAUACAUUAUUGUACAAAUUCGAAGGCGUGCAUGCGCUCAUACAAUUCAGUGUGGCAGACGGCAUGCUCUAAAAUGUCAGUGCUUAUAUUCGUUAAAUACCUGGUUCUGGGACAACGUUGGGAUCUCCAGCAAGUUCUAAAUAAGACAGAAUAUCUUACAGUAAGAUUGAAACCUCUUUCUUGUGCAUGAGAACAAUUGUAACUUAAUGGCUCGUUUACACUUGCAAUUUGUGUUGCGAUUUUUAGUGCGAUUUUCAUGUGAAUGAGUAGAGGAGUUACGAAUGUUCGGAGCACAUAUAUCCUCCACGUGCCAAACACGAAGAAAGCCACAAAAUGUUUUAAAAUUUUCUUUCUUUUCUUUUAAAGCUAUUUCUAAUGCAUAAAAUUACUAAAGCGUGUAAAUACUGUUUUGUUUACAACUAUUAUGAAAGCUGAAAUACAAAUUGUUUUAAAAAAGAUUUUCGUUGUUUUUUGGUCAUUCUGUUUUGUCAUGGUCAUUUUUGUUUUGCUGUGGUAUAUGCUAGAACAAUUAUUCACCUCAGUGUCAGUGAAGAGUACAAGGAUAUUUACCUCAGUGUCAGUGAAUACUAGAAGGAUAUUCACCUCAAUACUUCGCGUUUCGGUGAAUAUCAUUGCACUAUUCACCUUCACUUUGGUGAAUAAUUGUCAAAUAUUAUGUAUGUUAUUUUAUUAUGUACAUUUGAAUAUUUACAUUUUAGGCACCUAUUAUGAAGAAUACCAUGCUGCUGGAUGUUCGCUUGAGGAAUGGCAUACGAGACAAAUUUACGACAAAUGACAAUGAGUACAUGAAUAAAAGUUUAAAAAACAUGUCAAUUAUAAAGCUUCAGAUUUGCCCAAAUUUAUAAAGGAUGCUGAGGAAUUUGUCAGGGCAGACCAAGUUGUUAUCGAGGCGGCUUUUGCUGGCACAGGUGAGUAUCGUUUCGUCGAAGGUUAUGAAACAUUCAACGUGGGAUCGAAGUGGUGGAGCUUUUCUCCGGUAAAGCGCGUCGCCCAUUUCAAUCGGUUCCUGGAGGCAUGCAAAUGCGGACCGUCCACCCAAAUUUGCAGUGCCAUACAACAAAUUACCCAAUCAUCAGCAGAGAGCUCGGACGUCGGUGUUUCUCCGAAUAACUCUAUCGCCGUAAGGACGGAAAACUCAUUUUUGAUGCCUGCAGUGAACAUCGCAGAUGAUGUAUUGGAAGGGUUACUAAAUAAAGCCGAGAAACUUGUCCAGGAGAAUCUUGUGUCAGAUAUUAAGGGAAAAGGUAAUAAGCAAGUUGCAAUUGCUAGUCACUCGGACGUGUACCCGAGGAUCGUUGUUCGAGAGGACCGCAAAUGUAGAGGUGAAAACGUGGUGGAAUUGAAAUGCGGUCCAGGUAAAGGUUGCCUGAAUUUUUCUACACAUGGCAUGUGCUCCCAUACCCAGGCAGCAGCUGUUGCGUAGGACGUCAAACUGGAGUAUUGGAAAUUUUUGGAAACCUCCAAAAAAAUCAGCACAAGUCUGCAGAAUCUGUCACGGCAUGGUUUGCCUAAUGGAUCUGGGAAAAAAGACAACCAAAUUAAACGGGGCAGGACCAAACGACAAAAAAACUCAUCCCAAACAUCGUCCCUUGCCAUCAAUAGCACUACUAUUCUAGUACUCAUCAUGCUAUGUUGCCACGACAACAGAGAAAGCGUUUUCACAUAUCAAUGAUGGCAGCGGUAGAAAAAGUCAACCAAGCGGCGCUCAUCAGAACUAUUUUUACCCAGACAAAGGUUUGGGUCACCAUGAUCUUAAAUGGGCUGAAACAUUUAGAGGAGUUAGUCAACGAACAAAGUGGUGGAAAUUCACUUUUUCUGGGGGGGGAGGCAAAGCCUUCUAAAUUUCCGACAAAACCUUCAAAUUUCCGACAAUCCCCAAGGCUGUUUUUAGCCCUCUUUGAGAUCAAAAUCUCCUGAAAUUCGUCAAUUUUUCGUAAAGAUGGGCGGGGGGCGGUCGCCACCCCACCCCACCGAACUACAAUCUUGUCUGACAGUUACGUUGAAAACCUACAUGCGAUAGGUCACUUCAAGAACCAUUUUGCUACCGCUUUGCAGUACGCACAGAAUCUGGCGAACACCGUAUACGAAAGCAUUAAGCGUGUGGUUCUCUGGAGUGCCUACUACUACACCCACAGUGAAUCAAAUUAUCCUGUGCUGCGCCAGAGCACUCCUUUAAAUGCCAUUCCCAAACUAGACCAUAUCAAGGCUCAGAGGCAAUUGAAUCGGCGAGAAAAAGAGCUUAUUGUUUGA